UCGUGGAUACAGCACUGAAUGCAACAACGGUUUUAUAUGAUUGGAAAUCGUGGCACCUAAAUUUGAAUUUUUGGGCCCUGUUCUGUCACUUGCUCCCUCAUGCCACAGCUGAAGGAAUGGCAGAAGGUGAAAAAGGAGUGAAUGAUCACAAACUUAAAGAGAGCAAGUGCCAGGAGUUCACACCCACAUCAGAGCCUUUAAAGAAGGAUGAGAUCAACUCAAGUGGCCAUUUGAAGACAUUGAUUUGGAAAUUUCCAAGGAGAAAGUCAACAGCAAAAGAAGAACCAGGGACCAAAUGUUCCAUUGCUGCAUCCAACACAAAGCUUGUCUCUCCUUCUGAGACAACUUUACCUAUGAACUUUGGAAUUAUCUCAUCUUUGAGAAAGAGUUUUAGUCAUGGACAAAAGAGCAAUGGGAAUGUAAUAAAGAGAGACAAAAUUAAGAAUUUAGGAGUUUGCGAUUCCCUCAUCCAUAAUAUCCCUCCAAAACCCCUGUCAGUUCUGCAGAUUGAUGAACUUUUAAAAAGUGAUUCUUUGGAAGAGGCCUAUCCGAACUUGCUGUCUCUGCGACUCGAGUUUCAGCAUGAGCAGGAAACUCAGGGUGAUGAGUCCUGCCAGGUGAAUCUCAGCCAUAAAGAGAAAGACCUGAGUCUGCUUUAUGAGACUUUGAGGAACAAAGUGUCCAACAUUGUCCGGCACUCUGUUUCCCUGCCCCUAAACAACAAGAAACUGCUGAGCUACACAGCCUCUAUCAUCCAGGAGGAAGAGAAGCGAGAGAGAGAUGUGGGGAGGAUGGGGGAAUGGAGAGAUAUCUGGAGGGCUGCAGUACAGGAAGGGGUAAUGGACACUCUCAGUGGAGUCCCCCUGGACAGCCAUGAGCAAAACCCUUCCUGGUUGGUUGUACACUUGGGACUUCUGGGUAAAAGAAUUGUGGAGCUUUUGGAGAAUGUAAAGUCAGAGCUUGUGAACUUGUAUCCAACAAACUUUAAUGUGUUUGAAACCUACAGUUCAUCCUGUCAUGAAUUUGUAGGAGAGCACCUAAAAGGACUUCUAGGAAAGGUCACUGAACUUAAUGAUUUUUCUGUCAUGUUGGAUUUCAGCAUCAACUGCUAUUGUAGUGAGACCAUUCUUGGUAGUCCCUCUUUGCAGCCUGAGAUGGAUGAGAAGAAUGGUACCCCACUGUCUGAUGUCCUUCUAGACCAGAUUAAAAAAGAAUACUGUGACUGUCUACAGAAAGACAUACAAACCUCAUUGGAUAAUAUCAUUAAACUCGAACAGGAAGAAAUAUGGAAUGUGAAAGGAAUACCCAAGGGAAUGGAAGAUGGAAUAUUCCCCACCUCUGAAAUUCACAUGAACAUUUGUAGGAUGUUAGCCCGAUAUGCCGAGAAUGCUUGGAAAGUUGAUGUGAAGCUAAAAGAGAGGGUUGUAUGCAUCUGUCUGGAGACACUGAAGCCCUUUCCUGAAAGAUUCAAAGAAGAGUUUUUUAAGCAGAGCAGCUCUCUACUGUGUUCAGACUUACUGGAUUGUUGUCUGUGGGCUGAAUAUCACAUUGCCUAUAUCAACAGCUUCAGUACCCUCAGAGAUAACAUGAAUGGCUAUCAGGGGACCUGUCCAGAUCAGGUGGAGCAUCUGGAGUGUGAGAUGGAUGGACUAGUUCUCCGACUGAGGCAGGCUCUGCUAGAGCAGUUUAGAGUUGAAAUUAAGCCCUACAUGAACAGUAUGAUGACCAAAAAAUGGCUCAACACAGAUAAUGAUUUCAAAGAACUAAUUAACAGAAUACAGAUUUACUCUGGAUACAAAAAAUCUAUGAGACCACUACCUGCACAAUCAUUUGCCAAUGAGGUUCAUUACCAUUUUGUGAAAGAAUACAUAUCGCAACUACUGAAAAAUAAGUACUCUUGCAAAGGCAGAAAGAAUGAAGAUGCAGCUGCUAAAAUUAGACAACAGUGGGAAGAACUCAAGAGUCUGUUCUGUGAAAUGGAGUCAACCUUAGAUUGGCUUCACCCACUAGGAGAUCAGUUAAGUAAGAUAAUUGAACAAAAAAAUGGGAGAGACAUAAAAAAUCUCCUAAAACCAUUAGUUGAAAAUUACCCAGAUAUCAGUAAGAAGCAGCUCUUAGCCAUUCUGGACUUCAGAGACCAUGGAUUAAGUAUCGAGAAAUGCAUUCUCAUUCAAUAUUUUACUGAGCUUAAACAGAAUUUGGGGAUGACACAGAAUACUGGAAAUGCUGAACACAGCCUCUUCAGUGUCAUUAAGGAUAUUGGGGAAAGGACAGUGACUGGUGUCUGUGUCCACUCCGGAGGUGGAGGGGAACAGCCCCAGGAAUUUCUUUUGGGGGGGGCUGAGGCUACCUAUCCAGGACUGAGGAGAGCCGAAGAGCUCCCCAAGGACCGUGGUGAAGGCGGUUUGGUGGAGCCAGCUAGGUCUCUGGCUAGCAAAGGCAAAGCCCGAGCUCCUCCCCUUCCGUGGACUCGCCAGGGAGACUGGAGGGAUCUGCCCAAAGCCUCAGAGGCAGGCUGCCUCCGGGGCUCUCCUAGAGUGGCUGGCAUGGAGCCUGGGAUUCGCUGUCCUGUAUUCGGACGCUUCGGGAGCCGCGCCCCUUGGGUGGGGGUUCUGUCACGGCACGCUCCCCCUUAUGAAUCACGUGGUACGGCCUGCCGUGUGCAGUGUGGUUCACCAUAG